UUAAACGUUCUCACGUACCGAGCAUAAAUUCCAAGUGAAAUAAAAGAGCCGGAACGAACCAAAAAAAAAUAACUAAAACAAGAAAAACGUAACCUUUUAAGGCACAAAAAAACCCAGAACGGUUGAAAGUGGGGCGCAAAAUGGUGAAAAUCGUGAACCAACACUGUGAUCUAGGCCUGGUCCUACUCCUCGCCUGGACAUGGCUAACAAGGCUGGUGGUUUCGGCCCACCUGCCCCUCGAAGUGCCCACCCCAUCCCGCCUGGCCGCCGAAAGGGAGGAGCAGCAGCUAUCUCUGCAGAAUGUGGGUCUCAGCUACCAGAGCAUCCAUCGGAUGUUGAGGGACGAAAACGAACCGGCCAGCUUUCGGGGGGAGUUGCGAUACCAACAGAGGCGCCACAAAAGGGAGCUGGAACUAAAUGCUCCGGCGAACAAGCUGAAUCUCACCCACCGUGACUUGAAAACCUUCAAUAGCACUAAUGGUCAGUGGAAGGGCGACUUCCAGGUGAUCACCGCCAUGGAUCUGAGUAGCAAUCGGCUCGAAAGCCUUAGUUUGGACAACUUCAAUCAGCUGAGGCAACUGGAUUUGGGCAACAACUCCCUGGAGGUUAUACCCCUGAGCUUGGCUGACACCAAUAAAUCACUUCCCCUCAUAACACUCGAUCUUUCCUGCAAUAACUUUAGCCACAUUUCCACGAGCUUCUUUACCCAGCGAUUACCCAAGCUGAAAAAUCUCAACUUGGCCCACAAUCAACUGAUAAACAUUUCCCGGGAGUCGUUCUACAAUUUGUUGGAGCUACAAACAUUGAUUCUCAGUCACAACAAUAUAUCGGACAUAGACUACGAAACAUUUCUGGCUCUUCCGAACCUGCAACAUCUGGAUUUGUCCCAUAACCGCUUGAGUGGUUCUGCCAUACGAGCUCUGCAGGGAAUUCCGGAUCUGGUCAGCCUAUCGAUUGCCUACAAUCCGGAAGUGGGAGUGGCCAUGCAGGAGUUCGUAGCCUCCUGGAGUCUCAAGGAGUUGGAUGCCAGCGGUACGGGGUUGUGCCAGGUUCCCGCAGCUCUGGCCCAAUCUGUUAGGACUCUCAAGUUGGCCGACAACUGGCUCAAGGCAAUCAAUUGUGGCGAUAUGGACAGCUAUCCCCUGCUGCAGUACCUCGAUCUCUCGCAAUCCCGCAUUGCCCAAGUGGAGGACGAUGCCCUGGGGCGACUGGAGCUCCUCGAAUCCCUGUUCCUGGAUCACAAUCUUCUUAUGCGAGUACCUAGUAGCCUGCCAACCUCGUUGGAGCACCUAUUCCUGCAGCACAAUCAGAUAAUGGAGCUACCGCCUCAGGUUUUCGUUGGCCUGGUCAAUUUGCAGACAUUGGAUUUGUCCAACAAUCGUUUGAUCUUUCUGCCCGCCCUUUCACUGCCCAAAUUGCUCACCCUGAAUCUGCAAUCUUCUGGCGUGGAGAGCGUUAGCCAAUCAAUAGUGCACACACUGCCCCAGUUGAGGGAUCUCCUUCUGGAGGACAAUCCUAUCAAAUGCAGCGAUUUGCUGGGAAUUGCCGAGUGGGCCAGUCCUUGCAGGUCAGAGGAUGUGGGUCAGCCAAAUGGGAGGAUUGUUAGUGGGCGGGUAGACCUGAAGACGGAAUAUCUGCAGUUCCACAAUUUUCACGAGAACUUCAACAGACGAGGGGAGUGCGGCAAAAGGAAACCGGAAGAUGACACAAAGCCACCUUCUUGCAGCCUUACAAGUGCAGUAGAGACACUAACAACAACGCCGAGAACUAUGUCAAAAGUUAAAAAGUCAAAGGGAGCAGACACGGCAGCAACAGCAGAAAAAACAGCAGCAACACAUACGACAGAAACAGCAGCAACACCAGCAGCAACAUCAGCAGCAGCAGCAGCAGCAGCAAUCCCAACAGCAAAAGCAGCCAACCCAACAGCAACACCAGGCAACCCAACAGCAACAUCGGCAAUGCAAUCAGCUGGCAACAGCGUUGCCCAGUUAACCACAAAAACUUUGCGGCCAACAGAAACAACUUCGUUAGAGGAACUGCAGCAGCGGCAACAAAUGCCUGGCAUGCCGGCCAAAACAACAGCAAUGCCAGCAAAGAACCUGCCAAGUUUUAACCAGACAAAGGCAACAACAGCGGUUCCCAUUUUGGCAACGCCAGCAGCAACAUCAGCAACUCCAACAGCAACACCAACAGCAGCAACAACAGCAAUAAAUUCCUACAAGCCAGCGAACAUUAGCGGUGCCACAAAAACAGCAGCAACAUCGGCUGAACCAGCAAUUGAAGUGCCACAAACAAUUUUGGCUGGUAAAAAAUCUGACAAAAUGCCAAGCGAUAAGGCACAGGAGACUUUAUUAAAAUACCCACCACCAACGACACCGGGGGACAACACAUCCGGUCAAGUGGCAACACCGAAGCACAAACAUGCAACAUUGCAGCUGCACGUUAAGGAUCGACAUCUGAUUGGCACACCGCUGCUGAUGCACAAGGGCGAUGUCCUUUUGGUGGACGCCGAGCAGUUGUUGCUACCCGGAACGGCCACCGUUGCGGAUGCGGAUGCGGAAGUCUUGGACUCCAGCCAACAUCAUCUGUCGACGGAUCAGGAAAGGCACCAGUCAGCGGCUGAGGAAGCAAUAAACGGCGACUCCAAGUCGCCACCAAAAAGCCACAAAAAGAAGCCAUCGCUGAGCAUCAAGAAAAUGACCUACAGCACCAAACAUGCGGUAAAAAAGGUUGAGGAAGUAGGAGCCACCUUGAAUCCAUCGCCACCGCAGCAUCAACAUAGUAGUGUCAACACUCCAAGGGAGGCCUCUCCAGAGGAACUCAGCACCUUUGCCCAGCUAAAAGCUUAUGUGGAGCUAAAAAGCGAAUCGAAACCAGAACAUCUGAUGGAUCAAAGGAAGGAGAGCCUUCACAAUCUCACGGGAAAUCAUCCUGGUGUCAUGUUGCUGGUUGCCUGCGUGUUAUUCAUUGUAUUACUAGCAGGCUUGGCACAUGUCUAUCGCUGUGAGCUGCCCUGGCAGAGGAACAAUCGAUCUGGGCAACUGCGACCGCAUCAUCAGAGGCAUCUUAACGAAACCGAUGAUGCCCACAGCUUCCUGCACUAUCAGGGAUCUGUGAAUUCUUCUGGAGACCCGGCUCGCCUGCAAAAGUGGCAUCACAGCACCCGGAGAGAGGCUCCUUAUAGCUCCCCGCUGCACAAUCUCCAAGCUCGUGAGCUGCAACAGCAGCGAUGCCAGCAAUUCUACAGCUCAUCACUGGCGGACAAGAGCUCCUCCACCACCACAUCCACCGCUUCCUCGUCGGGCAGCAGUCGCAGUAGCCUGCAUUCGCCCAGCAGAGAUGACAGCUACUACAUAGAGAUGGCGCCCAGUAGUCCAACUGCAUCCACCCUGCCCAGUUUACCCAUGGAACUGUUGGGCAGCAGGAGUAGUAAUCUUGGAAUCCGUACAGAUCGAGUGGCUGCCACCGAUCUGGGCGGCACCACAGCAGCGGUACCUUCUUCGGCGGCGGCCAUCAAGUCGGUGAGCAGCAGACUGAUGGCCCCCAGUUCGCGGAGGCUGGGCAUCUGGUGACAAACCGUCUUUGGUCAGCGACAAUAUGCGCCCUUUCAGUAGAGUAAAAAUGUAAAAUUUAAUGGAGCCCAACCGACAAUCGUCAGCUGCCAACUACCAACCCAAACGAGUCAAAAAGCUAAGAUAUACUUUAAAAAAUCAAUACUUAUCUAGUUAUCAAGAGUUCAGUGUUCAAAAUAACUCAGAGUUAAUCAUAUUCAAUUAAAGAAUAUUGUUGUGGCUAUACAAUGUUGUUAACGAAAAGAUUACAAAGCCCUUAAAGCCCUUAACAUAUUUUCAAGGCAUUUCUUCUAAAGUCGGCUACCACUUUAUGUACACAUCUGUUAGAUAAUUCCCAUUUCGUAUGCUUUUCAAAAAGUUCAGCAACUUGUCUGCUAAUGACUAUGAAAUACCAUUGAGGAUUAGUACUUUCGCCUAUUUUUAGGACGCUAAAAGGUUAAAAAUAAAACUCUCAAGUGAACUCCAAAAAGGGAUACAUAAAUGCCAGCAGCUUUAUGUCUAUAUAUAUAUUAUUUUGAGUUCCUUGGCUCCUGGCUUGAUUUAUGAUGGCUCAGUGGCCACACGUUGCAGGCCUCUUAGCGAUUCGGUUAGCAGCAACAAUUUGUCAUAAAUUCCUGUUUCGUAUAUGCCGCAUGUAACCGGGCAAUGGCGGCAUGGCGACGAGCGUAGACAAGCGGCCAGGCCAAGUGGAGAAAUGGCCAAGGAGCCAAAUAGCCAACGCCAGCAAAGUUUUUACGAGCCAUCCGAACCAAAGUCGAUGUCCAUCUUGUGGCCGUAUUUGGGUCAGUUUACUGGCCAAGAGACCGCCGUGUGCGGCCCAGUUAACUUUAUAUAAGUGCCUGUCCGUUUGCCAAGAUUAAGUGUUUUGAUAGUCAUGCAUAUAAAAAUGAAAUAUCGAUCAAGUAUUAAAUAACAAUUUAGUGUAUGACAGACCCAAUUCAGUAAUCAGAAGUUGUGCCAGCAGAUGCUGAGCAAGGCGGAUAAAUCGAAGGAAAUUGGCUGAGAGUAAAUUUAAUAUGGUUGUGGACGCUGAGCAGGGACAUCAUUUCAUCCAAAUUGGUAGUUAGUUGGGAAAAGGAGUUCGGAAAUAUAUAAUUCUAAUACUUCUUAUACUGACUUGUGUUAUGUGUAUAACUUUACUAUUCAAUUUUCUCCCAACCUCACUUUCGAAUUUUCAACUUUCAAGUAUUUUCCUUCUUGUGUUUAUUACCCUUUAAGGCUUCCUGUUCUCCUAAGUUCGAUGCUUGGCAAGAACUUAACCCACUUUUCCGGCUGCUUCAGAUGCCAGAGUUUAAAUUGCAAUCUAAUUAAAGUUUCGCCUCUGUCCCUUCGACAAUUUCCACCCACCCUCUGGGAUGGUAGAAGUGUUUUUUGCUAUCUUCGCCGGCAUCUAGCAUUCUUCACCCCAUUUGAAGAUGCUGGGGGAAACCCUCCCUUAGAAUCGGCCCUGCACUUAACCUCAUUUUACAAAUUGACCAACACAACAUAUGGUGUAAAUCCAGCCAAAUGGCCAGACAUCUAAUCCGCCACGCCAAAAGUGAAAUGUUGUAAAACUAUUUGGGGGCUAUGUGGCUAUGCACAUGUAUCUAACGGACAUCAAAAUAAUGUGGCAGCAAAUCAAAUUACAAGACACGCGGCUGGAUCUCCAGGGGUGGCAAAAUGGUUAGGGGAAUGGCCAAAGGAACGUUGAACGAACAUAGAACACAACAAUUACAUUAAGACACGAUAAAAAGUUGUGCAACAAUCUUGCGACCCCAACCACUGAACUAAACCGAACUACGCCGAACUGAGCUGAACUGAGCAGAACUGAAGAUGUGAACACACCACCUCCACCUCCUCCUACAGAAGGACGAACCACAGUCAUUGCACAGCUUUUUCAACUUUUUGUGGCUUUGUAAUUGGAAUACAAGAAGAAGGCGCGUGCACACAACCGACAGCAACAGGAAACAGUCGGAGAAAGUGAAGUGGAGAGAGCUAGAUUCGGGUUAGAAAGCACUCAGAAAAAUAAUGAAUUCUUAUGGACUUAAAUAUAUCUAGAAAGGGAUUUACUUAGCUCAUGGAAUAACUAAUCCUACAUGCAUGUGCUUAAAACCUUUUGAUAUUUUUACAUUAUAUCAAUUAUUAUAGUAUUUUAAAAUAAUUUUCCUUGUUUUAUUAACUUAUUAACAUGGUUUUUCAAUUGAAAAGUUUAAUGCAUUAUACUUCAACAGAAAAUUAAAUCAUCUAAAAAUGUAUCUUUUUAUCUUUAUCAGUGGUCGCGGAGUGCAGCGGUGAAAGCGUUUCCAAUCCCGCGGGCCACCUGCGCUGCUGCUGUUGACCACUGGUUAAGAUUUUCAAAUAUAUAAAAUAGACAGCACACAAUAGGAAUUAUUUUACAAUACCCAGAUAUCUUGAAAUUGUCUUUUAAGUGUGUGAGCAAUCAAUUUAAAUUUAAAACUUAAAAUUCGAUACCUAAUUUUGUCCAAGUGCAGAUAGACAAAACUUUGUUCGGGGUGGGAGGUUGGAAGGCGUUCAAGCAGAGUCCGCUUAAGCAAUUCAGAAGGAUUUAUUUUCGGCCACAAAAGCGAAAUGCCCGACAAAGCGCUCCGAACAACAAUUAAAGUAAUGCUGACCAACAGCCCACGCCCGGUUGGGUGGGAUUAGAUGAUGAUGGCCGAGAGCUGGCGGGGAGUCCUUCCGCCCCUUUGGUCCUUCUCCUUCGAGUGUUCGAGUGCUCGUCCGAUGCCAGGACGCACAAAAUCUUAAUUAAGGAACUUCCACUUCCAAGUGGAAGCAAGUGUGGGGCAUUUUUUGAGCGUCUUGCAGGAGGGCCGGACCUUUUUAUUUGUCGGCCUGCCAGCACAGCACAAAAUUCGCCUACAAAAGAAACCCUGCGGCUUGAGUGACCCAGAGAGUCCGAAGUCCGGUUGGAUUUAGUCCUGGAGCAUUGUCAAAUUUAAUGAAGGUUUCCCUUUUUGGACUUUUUGCUUAUGACACUGGCCAGCUGGCCAAGAUUUAGGAAGUUUUCCAGCCGAGGAGAACCAACUGAAAUGAGUUAAUUCGAUAUUUGACACUUUCGGAGCUCGCAUUCCACACAAUCUCGGUAUGUGAUGGGUUCCAGAUCCAGAUCCAGAAGACCCUGGGCCAGGGACCCUCGGCUUUUGUCUCUCUGUGCAGUUAAUAAAGUUGGUCCGGGGCAGAACGUAAUUAUUUGCCUGCUAAAUGGCUUUUGGACGACAUUUCGGGUCCGUAAAUGGGGGCGAUUUAGAAAAUUAUGUGAAAAUAAGUUGCCUUUUGUUUGGCCAUUGGCCAUUGGGCAUUGGCCGUUGGCCGUUGGCAGUUGGCGGUUGUUGGGAUCGUAAAUAACGUUCAUAAUUGGGCAGACUCGAAAAGUGGUCGGCGGCGGUUGGGGAGAAGGCAAACAGAACUCGAAAUAAACGUCUCGGCCGUAUGGAUAGCAAACAAUAAUUAAACUUAAUUGCGCUGUACAUUGAAACGUCAAACUGUAAAUUAUAGUUAUUAACAUUUACUUGUAGCAAAGUUUACUUGAACUAACAUUUCAAUUCUGAAUAUUGCAUGUACAAUUUCCAUAGAGUAUGUAUUUAAAAUUUACCAAAACAAAACAAGGAUUUAAAAGUAAAAUAGAACAAAGCGACACAGCCAGGAAAACACAAUUCGAGUAACGUUAAUAUUUGCAUUUAAUUUGUCGAAAAUCAAAGUAAAAUGCGAUAAAAACCCACAAUAACAACAAAAACUAAUUGCCAAAUAUUUGACGUACAGUUUGUAGCGUUAGCCAUUAAAACCUUUAUAUGUACGGUUACAUAUAUAAAUAUAUAUUAUAUAGAAACAAAGAAAUGACAAAAAAACAGAUACAUUCUGGCGUAAAGCCGAGCAAAUAAUUAUUAAACAAAUACUUCUAUUUACAAAACACAGCAAAUAUUUAGUUAAGCCAAAAUGACGCGCAGCAUUUUAAUUACACAACAGAAAAUCGAGAGCUCUCAGAAACAGAUGCGUGUUGCAGAAAUUCCAAUAAGUAAAGGUAAACAAUAGUUGCAGCAUAAUUUUCCAUGUGUAAUUGUAAAUAGACAACUAAAACCAAAUGUGAAAAUACAGAAAAAAUGCUGGGGCAAACCAACCAGCAAACAAACAAGGAAUAUUCCACAAAAAAUAUCUGCUGGAGGAGGAGUUCCAAAUAUAUAUUAAUGUUAGAUUUAGUGCUGCCAAAAUCGUAGCGUCAAGGGUUGAUAAAAACAAACUAAAGAUUAUAUGUAUGAAAAUUUAAAAUAACUGUAGCAUUAAGUGAAAUGUAUUAUGGAUAUAGCAAAUAUGGAUAGCAAUUAAAAGUGUAAAGAUAACAUGGCAAACAUUUUAUGAAAUCUUCUCAAAAAAAUCAACACAAUUUUAAUGCAAACAAAAUAAAACCAAAAGAAAUGUGAAAAUAAUAAAAUUGAGAAAUUUAAUUUGAA